AUGACGGCUUUGAGGUAUUUGGUCUGUAUAUUGGUACUCAAUGGAUCAACACUUGCACUGCGGGCCCUAACAGAUCCAAACUAUUCAUGUGACCCGAAAGCCAUGGCACCUAGCGCCUCGGUCCCAACAAAUGUCAAUCAAGUCCGAUUUGCUGAUAUUAAAGUGAUUGCGGCAUUGGGAGACUCAUUGACGGCUGCCAACGGAGCAGGAGCACCUCACGAAGACCCAUUGGCUAUUAUCCUCCAAUAUCGAGGUCUCUCCUUCCAUGCGGGUGGCCAAUACUCUCUAGAGGAGCAGAUUACCGUGCCCAAUAUUCUCAAGAAAUUCAACCCAAAACUUGAGGGCUACGCGAUCGGAACUGGGUCAGAGAAUGUGUGGGAGGUAGCCAAACUAAACGGAGGGAUACCCGGGUCGAAAUCUCUAGCGGGUGAGGGUCAGAACCUCAAAACGGAAGCACAGUGGAUGAUUAAUAAGAUUAAGAGCCACCCCGAGAUCGACAUUGAAAAUGAUUGGAAACUCAUCAACAUCUUCAUUGGCGGCAAUGACAUUUGCGAAUGGUGCAUUGAUCCGAAUACCAUUGACACGGUUUCGGCUGCAGGCUAUGCACAAGGUAUUGCUGAUGCCGCUGAAUUAAUCCGCCAAUAUUUGCCCAGAACCAUCAUUUCUGUGAUGAGCAUGUUCAAUAUGGACAAUCUGCGCUCGAUCGAUAACGGCCAAUUUUUCUGCCAGGGGAUGCAUGUCUUCGAAUGCCACUGCGAGGCAAACAAUGUGUCAAACGCCUUGCUAGCCAAUAUUUCAGCCCAAUACCAAGUGGCUGCAAUGGGACUGCAAACCUCAGGAAAGUUUGAGCACGACGAUUUCUCGCUCGUCGUUCAGCCGUGGUUCCAGGAUGUGAGAAACCCACCGUAUACGCCAACUGGUGAGGUGGAUCACCUUUGGUUUGCCCCCGAUUGCUUCCAUUUCUCGGCGUGGGGUCAUUCCGUGGUAGCCCACCAUCUUUGGAAUAACAUGGUGGAGCCGGUGGGCAAGAAGAGUACCUAUGGAAACCUAACGCUCACCGAAGCGCACUUGAAAUGCCCGGAUACGGCCUGUCCCUACUUCCGGACAACGAAAAACAGCCAAGAUUGUUCCCAAUACUGGACCCCCAGCACUUUGGAUAUU